UUCGUUGAUCUUUAAAUCUAUUUUUUUUUUUUACUUCACUAUAAUUAGUGUCUCACUUAUGUGCUACUCAAAACAAUUUUGCUAUUUGUCCUUAUCGCGCUUUUUUACGAAAAUUUAAAGAGUACAUAUUAAUCGUCUAAAACCUUUCUUUAUAAACAAAACUGGGAUGUUCUUCUAUGCACUGAUUUAUCUAGUGCUCAGUCGCACUGAUCACCCGGACUACUCAUAUUCAAGCUUGAUUAACCGAGUGAUCACAUUGCUAUAUUGAUGAACUUCAGUCAGUCUUGUAUUUACCAUAACUUUAUGAACACCACGUAUCCUCUUUAAAUAUCAUUAAGGGACGGAUACUACAAUAUAAAAAGGCAACUUUUUCGCAGUUUUUGUACACCAGAAUACUUGUGCUUCUUUAAUAAGACUGACCUCCCGAAAGUGUUUAUAAAGAGCUUCUGCAUUAGUAAUAGCGAAAUACCGGGACUGACAUGCAUGUCUCUCUCUCUGGCAUGUUGUGCAUGCUUUGACAUGAACUGCUCAAUUGCCAUAUAUUGUUUGUACUUUAGCGUGCGUACAAAGCGCACGAAUAUCUUUGUCUAGAAGAAGACUGCGUGAGCUUACAAGGCGCAUCAACAUCUCUGUAGUGUCUACUACAGCUUGUCGCAGACAUUAGUUUGACGUAUAUACGUUUUCCAGUCAGGCAAGCCUAUUUGUCAACAAUCAUGUAUAUAUAUAUACAUAUAUACACUCGUUUUCUAUAGAGAAAGAUCGACGGAAUGGCCGCUUUAGGUUUAGCAUUAAGGUUUCCUGGAAUAACUGAAACAAGCGUUUUUUACGGACAUGAAAAUCAUCUCUCAAAGAACUUCAGAUAGCCGUUUAUGCUACAUGAAGCUAUGUAACUAGUCUGAUAGUGAACAAAGUUUGAUAAGUAUUUUCUUGAUUUACUCUGAUUAGGUAGUAUGUGCCUACACAAAAUAUAAGUGCGUUUUGUGCACCUGAAUAUACCGUAAUGAGCGGAACUGGGCUUGCGUGUUACGUUAGUUUAUAAAUUAUAAAGUGAUCAAACACAAGAGAUAUAUGGAAGAGGGUUCCAUUCAAAAGUUAAUUCAAUUUUUUUGCUUGUAUGUCUCAUUGCGAGGAUUCUUUUUAAUGACGAAGUUUAACUACCCGUUCUAUUUCUGCUGUAAAGUCAUUUUAGUACUAUAGUUGCUAGAAUCGACCAUCUUCUAAGCUGACAGUUCAGUGGCCAUUACAAGAUCGAAUCGUAUAAAGAAGUUAUAUAUUUACAGCUUCAAUACAUAUGUUGUUUACACUAGCUAAUACGUCCUGUAUCAAAGCCUGCCGAGUGUCUCGCCCAAGAAAAAAGUGAAACAAGGACAAAUCAGCUUUUAUUUAUGUGACGACUCAGUACGGGUUUCGAACAGGAAUAAUUUUGCACGUGCAAAAUUCUGGCAAAAACUGGCCUUCCAAACUACUCGAAGAUGUGUGACAUUAAAAUAUUCGACCAUGUACGCUCAGUCAGCGCGAUGGAGUAGCUAGGCAGUGAAAUUGUAGCAGUACCUCAAGUUAACGCUGCCGGCGUUGGUGUGACUCACAUGGCGUCUCGGACGCGGUUGCUUCCACAGUCGAAUACGCCCACGGGUAUUUGCGGCGGGAACCCAUCAUUUAAAGAUUCAACGGCCUCAUUUCCCUGCCCACACUGUCCUACCCGCGUGUAUCGCAGCCAAGCGGCGCUUAACGUGCAUCGAAGGACCAUCCAUGGUGUCUCCGACAAUUCCACUCAAUCUGUACCAUGUCAGGAGCCGUCUUGUUCAAAGACAAUGCAAACUAUCUCAGAAUUGCGGUCUCACCUAACGAAGGAUCACGGUUUGCAAUUGAAAAAAGUUGAUUCGGAGUUCCCCAAUAUGAAAGCAUUCGCUCGUUGGAAAGAACAGGUUGAGCAAUGUGAAUGUGUGUGUUUUAUCGCGAAAAGGUCGAAAAACUUGCCGACAGAACGGCAGCACUAUUAUUACUGCCAGCGAAGUUGGGCAUGCAGAAAUAGCGCAAACGUCAAAAACGGCCGUUUGACACCAAUGGCGCCGAAAUCCGAGGAAACUGAUUGUUUUCAGGACGAGCCGCCCGCAAAGCGGAAGAACAGUGGCGUGAGCGUCACGGACAUAGCUAACUUAAAUAAGGGCAACCCGGCUAGCGCAAUCCGUCAGCUGUUGUGUGAUAAACCCAGGAGCUACGUGCAUUGUACAGCUCAUUUAACUGUGAGGGAGGACCUUCGGACGGGCCGGAUAUCGGUGACAGGAUGCCUCACACACUACGCACACUCGAUGACUAGUCGACACUUUGUCGAAGCUAUGUGCCGAAGAUCAAGGGUAGGACGUUUAAAGGAGGGAGGUGUUGCAGGUUCGGAGCCGGUGGAUAUCUCAUCUGUCGAAGACCGUCUACUAGCGAUCUAUGAGUUAGCCGCCACAAAAAAAAAGCAAAAGUCUGUUGAUAAGAUACGAGCCGCUUUGCAGGAUCUUUUCGACUGCCUCAAGGAUUAUGAUGAAGAUGAUGAGACGCUUCCCGGCCUCGAGGAAACGCGCGCAUGGCGACAAAGUGCCGCACAGGAGGAAGCCGAGCGAAAAAGGACAAACGGAUGCCAAAACAGUACUACUGGAAACUGUACGGCUUCCUCCUCGGCAGGUGCAGGCAGCACUGACACAACUAAUUCAAGCAAUCAUAUCAGGCUUGCUUCAGUUUCGACGCAACGUUCUUCGGAUACUUCUCAGAUGAAUUCCGCGCCAUCAUCGGUAUCGCAGACCUCGGUUGCCACCAGGGUUGCAAAUAAUCCACCUUUGCCGUCGAUUUCGUUGGGACAAACUACGGAAUCAACAGAACGUGUUACCAAUGUGGCAUCGAGAGACCGAGGGUCAUCUACAGAAACAAAUGACACACAUUUGUGGGGAUUUCAAAGAGAGAGUGUUGUUGUCACGACGAUCGCGCAUGGGUAAUGCUCUGAAUGGGAGAUAGAAAAGGAAAAUUCAAUGACACAAUCCAUAAUCUAUGAUUGCGCAACCCUGAGUAGGUUUCGUGAAAUCGAUGGUCUCGACAAAUUAAAUGUUUAUAGCUUUAGUUAAAUGAAACUGUGUUUUACAAUAAAAUGUUGGCCUCAUUAAAAAUUGUAUUUCAUUGUUAUAGGAUCGAUGCGCCUUACUUGUUGAAUAUAUUACGGCUAUUUGCUUAUUGGAAAUGAGUAUAUGAGAAAAACAGUAUAAACGCGUGUCAACAGUAUUAUAUUUAUCUAAACAAAUAAAGCAUGUUGUUGUAACACUUCUUACUUUGACCGAAGUAAAAUGUCUGUAUGUUUGAUACACAUGUUUAAAUGCUACAAAAACCGAUGCAGUGACUAUCUUCGGUGAUAAGAUGUACAUAAUUUAUAUGAAUAAAUCUUUGUAGUUUUGUAUUAAAAAUUUGUUGUAUAAAGAUAAUUAUCCAGAAAUAUGGCUGUAGUGUGAAGUAUCGGAGCGACUUAUAUCAACGCAAAGCGUAACCAUGUGUAGUUAGGACAAACGUGGUUACGCUUUACUAUUGCAUACGAACUAAACCGCUCGCGGUUGUAUGGGCUCUGAAAGUUUUCAGCUUCAUGCCAGAGAAAGACGUGAAUCUCAUUGAAACUGUACCGCUGAGCUUGAACUUAUCUAUAGCUAUUUGUUUUUGGUGAAGCUAAAAAUUUUAAUUUGUGUAAGUCACGUGUUGAAUAAAUUUUUUGAGAUUAAGAUAUAUCUCGUCUGUGUAUCUAUAUUGUAAAGUGCUGUAGGUCCAAUCGUGCUAUUGUUCCGUGUCGCUUAACUUGCAAGAUGAAGGAACUUGUGUGGUGUACUUGCAACGACGUAAAACGUGUUCAAUAGUGCAGUUGAGCAGUGCAACUUUUAAGACAAUAGUAUACCAGCGUCGCUAAUACAAGAUCACACAAAAGCAAUUAUCAUCUGCAGUUAAUAAAUGAUCGGCUCUGGUAUAGGAUGAUUGUAGAGCGCUUCUUAUUAGAGAGAAAGCUUUAGUUGUUAAGAAACGAUCUCUAGACAACCAGUUAGGAACGUCGACCAACGGAGCUGUCUAAAAAGUGACGCAGUCU